GAGUAUAAGAAGUUCAAUGGUGGUGAGCCGGGUCACCGAGACAUCGAGACACUGACCGAGGAGGAGCUAUUCGCGACACUCGACUCCAGUGGUUACGUACGGCUCAGCUUCCGGACUAAACCGCUGACCGACUCGAGUAAUAAGCGGUCGAUCGCCGUCAGCACCGAUAGCGACGUGCCGUUUGUCAAGAAUUGUGUCAAUAGUUAUAAUAAUAUUGGACAGAAGGGGCGAAAAGGAGAACCCAUUUGCAGGUCUGUGUCGGGGCUCAGUAAACGGUGGCCACACCUCAACAGUGAAGCGCCGGGAGGGCACACUAGACGGCAAAAAGUCGCUGAGACGACAGCGUAACUUCAAUUGUGAUAAUAAUAUAUAUUCAACGCUAAAACGCACCAAAAAUAAGCAAAAGUCCAAAAGUAUGGACA